AUGGGUACCACGCUAGUUCGCCUUGGAGUGGGCUUCUUCUCCCUCAUCAGUCUCGCUAUAGCGGCCUUUAAUGGCGCAAUCGCACACUUUGCGAUUGUUCUUCAGGAUCGAGCAAGGACCGACCUUGUCAACGUACCUCACGAUCGCUUCGACCAGAUCUUCGAGCAUCUUAUGAGCCGUGUUAUUUUGCUCAGUAUCAUUCUCUGCGUCACCUCCGCUGUUUGCGCUUUUUUGGGUGGCAUCUUUGCAGUCUAUCACCCACUGUCUCUUCUCUGGGGUCUAUUAAUCGGUCAAAUUUUGAUAUUUAUUGCCAAUCCUAUCCUUGCUGGUAACGUUCAUGGAUAUAAAACAUCAUUCACCUGGUUCGGCAAGAACGACAAAUAUCCAUACUACGACCUUAUUUACUACGGAUCGAUUGCCCAGAUGGGCUGGGCACUCAUUCAAGUACCCUGUCUGGCUUUGUGCUGUUGCUGUCGAGCAGGUCCUCGAGAGGGUCCAGCGGAGCAACCCGACGAAGCUUAA